GUAAUAGUAUGCCAUCAGAUAUAUAUAUUAAUGUUUUCAGUGACCCUUGAGGUUACGUUUUGAAAUGUUACUGAGAAAUUUCUGUACUUGCCACAUUUAUAUGUGUCAAUCUGGAUUUCACAAAUCGCAUUAUUUAUACUUAUUAUGCCAUCUAUUGCCCAUUACUCUACUAUUCACUAUUGCUAAUGCCAUGGUACUAGGACUUGGUAGAGGAAAUGGUGUGGCUUACAUUAGUUCAGUGAGCCGUCAUAGAGGAAUUACACCAUUCCUGCGAUCUUCACCUAGUAAUAUAUGUCGAAAUGGCGGAUCAAAUGGACAUGGCAAUGAACCAUCUUUCAUGUCAUAUGCUGGGCAAUAUGGUGGAUACGAAUAUCAACCUGCUUAUUCACAACCACACUUUAUUGCUCCCUCAACGGCGCCACCCAUGUAUGGCGCCUCAUUGGGAUAUAUGCAGCCUUCUAACAAUAUAUCUCAAGGUGGCGUUUCGCGAUAUGGAUACGGUGGUUAUAGAGGCAAUCGGCAACAUUAUGGAGGAUAUAAUGCAGCAGUAUACAACAGCCAGUCAUCUUUCAAAUUACCAAACAUAGAUUGGAAUGGAAAACAAUUGGUUGAGAUAAAGAAAGAUUUCUACGAUCUGAGCCCGGAAGCUAACAACCGACCUGGGGAAGAGAUAGAGGCUAUCCUAGAAAGCCACCAGAUAAUAAUAGAUGGAGAGACACCUCUGCCUAAACCUGUCAAUACAUUUGACGAGGCGGUAUUUAAUGAAGCUAUACAACGCAUAAUCAAAAACAUGGGUUUCAUUGAGCCAACUCCCAUACAAAAAGUUGGAUGGACUUCUUGCUUGACUGGUCGAGAUGUGGUCGGUGUCAGUCAAACGGGAUCUGGGAAGACGCUUGCAUUUUUGCUCCCAGGGUUACUUCACCUUUUGGCACAACCGCCGGUAACUCCAGGUAAUGGGCCCGUCAUAUUAAUUUUGGCACCUACUCGCGAAUUAUGCCAACAAACAUACGAAGAAACAAAGAAGUUUAUGCGUGUGAUGAACUUACGAGGAGCCAUACUUUAUGGCGGUGUGUCUAAGUACCAGCAGCAGCAACAACUUACUGGAGGGGUAGAUAUCAUGGUAGCUACACCUGGUAGGCUCCUUGAUUGUCUUUCAAGCGGUCUUCUGAGAUUGGACCGUGUUAGUUAUUUCGUCCUAGAUGAAGCAGAUCGUAUGCUGGAUAUGGGUUUCGAACCACAAAUUAGGAUGAUCGCAUCGCAAAUAAGGCCUGAUAGGCAGACGUUGCUUUUUUCUGCCACAUGGCCAGCGUCCAUACGACGACUAGCUUCCGAGUUCUGUAAGACUAAUUGCAUAUACAUUCAAGUGGGAGACAAAGAGUUAACAGCUAACCCAAAUAUAACUCAAACGGUCAAGGUACUGCGUUCUGAUGAGACAUUCCCCUUUUUAUGCAACUUCUUAACCACUGAAGCUUACAACAAGAAAAUUUUGAUAUUUGUGGAAUCUCGUAUUGGAGCUGAUACAUUAGUUCGUGAUCUAGCACGUAGAGGUUUAAAUGCACUUUCCAUUCAUGGGAACAAGAGUCAAUCACAACGAGAUCACACCGUUAGUCAAUUUCGCAGUGGAGCCGUCAACAUCAUGGUGGCGACAGAUGUUGCUUCUAGGGGGUUAGACAUAAAAAAUAUUGAUUAUGUAGUAAACAUGGAUGUACCUCGUACGAUUGAAGAUUAUAUACACAGAAUAGGACGAACUGCACGGGGUAACAUGAAGGGGAAUUCCUUGUUAUUAUUUGUGAAUGAUUACCCAGAUCCACGGAAGGCAAGGUUUGCGCAGCGGCUCAUUGAAGUAUUAAAAACUGUACGUCAACCUGUGCCAGAGGAAUUGCAACAAAUAUCAUAAAAG